CGAAUACGAAACGCACUUCACUGUGGCUCUCUGUUUUGACUCCAUGUAUGUGUGGCUGCGUAUGUCGCCUCCUUUCCUCCACUAGUUUACUUCAUUUUCCAUCACUGCGCACGUCCUCCAGCGCUGGCAGCAGAAUGGCAGCGGCGGCUCCCAACCCGGAGGACUCCUCCAGAAGCAGCGGCAGCGGCAGCAGCAGCGGCACGGGGACACCCAGCGCCCUCGCAGGAGACGGGGACGCGGAAGAGACGGAGGACUUCACCUCCUCCUCGCACUGCUCGGAGCUCUCUCGGCGGCAGAACGAGCAGAGGAAACAGGGCUUGUUCUGCGACGUGACGCUGGCCUUCAGCAGCGGGGUGGCGACCGGGAGCGUCCAGAGCUGUGAGUUCUCAGCCCACAGGUCUGUCCUGGCUGCAGCCACCGAUUAUUUCACCCCACUGCUGGGAGGACAGUUUUCUGAGUCCCUGUCCGGACGGGUGGAGAUGAAGGAAUGGAGCUCUGAGCUGGGGCCCGACCCAGACACGGUGGAGAGUGUCAUCCAGUACAUGUACACGGGAGAAAUACGUGUUAGUACCUGCAAUGUGCAUGAAGUGCUGGAGCUAGCUGACAGAUUCCUCCUGUUGCAGCUGAAGGAUUUCUGUGGCGAGUUCCUCAAGAAGAAGCUCAGCCUGACCAACUGUGUGGCGGUGCACAGUCUAGCCCACAUGUACACUUUGGACCAACUGGCUCUACGUGCCGCCGACAUGAUCCGCCGCAACUUCCAUAAAGUCAUCCAGGACGAGGAGUUUUACACUCUGCCCUUCCACCUGGUGCGUGACUGGCUGUCUGAUGCAGAGAUCACAGUGGAUUCUGAGGAGGUUCUAUUUGAGGCCGUGGUAAAAUGGGUGCAGAAGAACCCAGAGGAGCGGGGCCGCUACUUUGAAGAGCUCUUUCGCCUGCUGAGGUUGCCCCAAAUCAAGCCCACCUACCUGACCAGGGUGGUAAAGAAUGAGCGUCUUGUGUCUGCAAACGAGGCCUGUCUCCGGCUGGUGUCAGAGGCAGUGGAGGGCCAUGCAAUACGCUUUGAGAACCUCAAGUCAGCUGAUAUGGAGUUCUGGUCUUCACACAUGGCCUCCUUUCAGCCUCGCUUUGGCCAAAACAUGGACGUGAUCAUGGUAGUUGGGGGUGUGUCCGAGGGAGGAGACUACCUGAGUGAGUGUGUGGGCUACUUUAUAUACGAGGACAGAUGGGUCAACCUGCCACACAUCCACAACCACCUGGACGGCCACGCCAUCGCUGCCACUGAGUCCCACGUCUACGUAGCUGGCUCAAUGGAACCAGGCUUUGCAAAGACAGUUGAACGUUACAAUCCUAACCGCAACACCUGGGAGCAGGUGAGCAACCUGACCACACGCAAGCACUCCUUUGGACUCACCUGCAUUAAGGAUAUACUUUAUAGCAUCGGUGGCCAUGGGAACUUCAGUCCAGGUUUCAAAGAUGUCAGUGUGUAUGAGCCUGAGCAGGACAAGUGGCACAAUCUGGAAUCUGCCCCCAAAAUUCUGCGGGAUGUGAAGGCAGUGAGUGUGGAGGACCGAUACGUGUACGUCACGGCACGCACGCCCGUGGACACAGACAAUGAGGAUGGACUGAAGACAGUGACCACACGCUAUGACACAGAGAGCCGUCAAUGGCAAGAUGUGGACUCCCUGCCUCUUAUUGAUAACUACUGUAUCUUCCAGAUGGCUGUGGCCUCCACUAACUUCUACCACACAGCUUCUUGUUGCCCCAAGAGCUACACAGUGCGGGAUGAGGUGGCCAAGCAAAAGAUCAGCGUGCGCAUCUCAGAUGAGAUCCUGGAGAGCCUGCCGCCAGAGGUUACCAGCAUCGAGGGCGCUGCUAUCUGCCACUUCGAUGAGGACGUCUUCAUCAUCGGAGGCUGGAAGAACAGCGACGACGUGGACAAGCAGUACCGCAAAGAGGCCUACCGGUACUGCGCUGAGAGGAAACGAUGGAUGCUGCUGCCUCCCAUGCCUCAGCCUCGCUGCCGAGCCACCGCCUGCCACGUCCGCAUCCCCUACCGAUUCCUGUACGGCUGCCAGCGUUAUCCCAUGCCCCAGAACCUGGCCCGUCAGCGAGACCGCAUGCAGCAGAUGCAGCAGCUUCACCGGCGCACGCUCACCCUGCGCCGGCAGCUCCAGUCGCAGAUAGAAUGCUGAGCGAGAUGGGGCCGCUCCAAGGAACUAUGCUCAUCAGUUCGAGGACAUUCCAUUCCAAGAUGCAGACAUCUUCAUCAGCUCCUCCAUUCAUACAUAGCACACUGCAGCAGGUCUUGAGUUGCUCCCAUUCAGGAUUUUAUCAAACUGAACUCUGUGCCAUCAGCUCCCAUGCUGUGUUGUGUUAACUGCUGAUUUGUUGAAAACCAUGAAAUGUGACGGCAGGCCUGGUCUGCUUGGAGAGAUACGGCGAAUGUAAACAUGUGAAUAAGAGUGUUAUAUAGCAGCCAACAACUAAAUAUUCUUGUCAAAUAUGUUGGUGUAGAUUCUGUUUAUCUGUUUGUACAUAAAUAAUAAUAUGAAGCUGUAUAUGUAAACAUUUAUAUGGAUAUUUUACAUUCCUUUAUGUAUGCCUGUCCUGCAGAGGCAAUGUGACAUUACUAGCUGCAUUCCAACAUUCAACCCAGCUCGCUUAAAUGAAGUCUUAUUUCAUUGUAACACUGUGACAAUCUCUUCAUGCAACUACAACAUCUGUACAAAAGUCUUACACACUCACACUCUACUUAAUAUUAUACCUGAUAUAUUAAUAUGGCUCUGUUUGUUGCUGUGAAGCCUCAACAAAAUAAGAAUACAUUCAAAAGGCUGUCAAUCUUAAAAAUACUGUAGACUAGUUUGCAGUUUCCUUUAACAGUUGUUUGUGAUAAAUAUAGAUGUUGACAGUUUUUGUUGCUCAUGCCAUGUUGAGACUAUAGUGUUCUUUUUCCAGGAAUUUUGAAGAGAUGAAAAAAUGAGAACUGUGAUGUUGAAAAGAUGUGAUGACAUGUAAUGAAAUCAUUCCUGAUUUAUUUAACAUUUAAACAUUCUUCAGCCACUGCAUUAAGCACCAAUCAUACGCAGUGGCUCAAUCAUUCCUUUUCUUUUGCACUUUGGCAGUCUAUUGCUCAGUGUGUUCCCUUACAAGCAAGAAAAAUACAAGAUGUGAGUUUAGAGGUGUGUAUGAUUUAUGUUGAGCAGAGCUCUAUAUCUGCACUUUUUUAACACCAAAUGAUUUGUAGAAAGGAAGUAUUUAAUUUGCCUCUGCACUUUGCUUAUUUCAUAUCAGACAAGGUGAUUGUAUUUUGGAAAUGUUCUGUUCUAGCCAGCGAACAGCAAGAUGAAAGAUUUUAUCAUUAUUUGCAGAGUUGUCUCCAAAGUUAAUUGUUUAUUAAAGCCUUGUAUUAUCGCACUUCCCUUCCAUCUGGGUGUACAUUUGGAGAUCUGCUUUGUUGUUCUGUGCUCUCCUUUCACCAUUCAACAACACCUAGAAGUAAGAUGAGAUGAAAGGAACCAAACUUAAAGGCAAAGGAUUGUUAUAUGAAUGUGUUGUGACUGACAUUCAGAAAUUCCCACUGUACUUGCAUCUAUCACAGAAAAAAAGGUUAUAGAGAAAAUAAAUGAUAUUCAUUUCCCCUUUGUGACCAACGUUAAUAGCACUGCGAACAUCAAGUGGAUAAGCUAUGUAAAUUGCUUUGCAUGUGAUAGUCUGACCUUGUAUCCUAAUAUUGGAUGUAAGCUAAUGAAAUGCUAAUAUCAUCACUUGCAAUUAAAGUUGUUUUGUAAUUCA